AUGGGUGAAUUUAAUGACUGCAUUGAUAGGUGUGGGCUGGUGGAAGUACAAUGUGUGAGGAGGAAAUUAUCAUGGUGCAAUGGACAUGAUGUAUUGGGUCGUAGUUGGGCCAAAUUGGAUCGCAAGCUGGCAAACUCGGUUGCUUUGCAGCUUUAUCCUACAUUACAAAUGAAAUAUUUACCAAAGCGUACAUCAGAUCAUUGCCCGAUGCUCAUUCAUUUUCAAGAUCAACACGACUUUGGUUAUAUAGAGAAGGUGGAAAGAGAGUUUUUGAAGUCUAAGAUAGAACUCUUGGAGUGGCAAAGAAGAGAGGAGAUAAGGUUCUCUCAACAGGCAAAGAAAAGAUGGUUGAGUGAUGGGGAUAACAAUACUAUGUUCUUUCAUACUGUUAUUGCACAGAAAAGACGAAGCACGAGAAUUUCUUCCAUGACCUUUUGUGAUGGGUCGGUGUUAAUAACCCCUAAAGAUAUACACAAAGCGGCUGUGGAUUAUUUUCAAAAGUUUCUAUCCGAGAAGCGUGAUUUUCAAUUGCCUGAUUUGUCAUGUUAUAUUAGUCAGUGCCAAAUUUGUCAUGUUAUAUUGAUGAGUGCCAAAUUUGUCAGCAAUGAGGGGCUUGAGCGUUGGUAUCUUCACUUCGAGAAAGUGCUUGGGUUAUGCUUAGAAUUAAAGCUCCAUAAAUGCAUUGGGACAAGUGGGUUUGGAAUAAAGCUAUUCCUAAGCGGGGUGUCAAUGGCUAUGCGGAAAGCUUUAUCAGGGAGCCUCGGUGUGGAUUCUCGUAUUCGAAAAGUGGGAAUUGCUAAGCUUUAA